GUGCCUGUUGUGAAUAGACGUGUGGUAGUGUUAAUUUCCUGCGACGUGACGGAUCAAACUUUGAACGUGAUUUAUUUUGUGAACUUUGUGAAUGACUAUAUAAUUUUUCGUUCUGUUUGUUUGUGAUAUCCAAAUUCCUUGAUAUCGUAACGUGUGUCGGCUCCACGAAAACCACAAACAUGGCUGUAAGAACAGAGAUCCCGGUGCAUAAUAAUAUAAUUAUAUAAUAAGGCUUUUUUGGCUCUCUAACUGACAAGUGAAAAAAAGUGUAGUGAAGUGCAAAAAUGUCUUCUAUCGAUAAAAUGUAUAAUUUUACGUUGAGCGACUCGCAGAAUGGGACAUUUUAUCCCACUGAGGCCACGAUCUUGGCCGCUGUCUGUGCGAGCGUAUUCAGCGUUGUUGGAGUAGUUGGUAACUUAGUAACCGCUGUAGCUCUACUCAUGCAUCCGAAGCUAAGAGGCCACGUGACCACAAUGUUCGUGCUCUCCCUCUGCCUCUCCGAUCUACUCUUCUGCGCCAUCAACCUGCCUCUAACAGCUAAUAGGUUCAUCAAGCAACACUGGAGUCUCGGGCCUCAGCUGUGUCAACUAUUCGCGUUCAUUUUUUAUGGAAAUGAAGCCGUGUCACUAUUGUCCAUGGUGGCUAUCACUAUUAACAGUUGGUCGGAAUACUUUAAAAACGCCCCAAGUGAGGUUCUUGCAAAUUUUCCUGGUCAAGUAUUCCCGAGACUGUCGUCGGGGUUUUCUGGUGUUAUGGCCAAACUAUUGCACUUAAGAUACGAAAGCUAA